UACAGAUAUAAAAGGCCUACUUUCUCAGUUCGAUAUCAGAAAUAUUUAUACCACAAUGCAGCAAUUACGUGUUUUUUCGAACUUUUCCUUGCUUGCCAUUAUAUUGAUGGCCAUUGGGGGUUGUUUCGCUGAAAAGUUGAAAGAGAAUUGGCAAAAAUCUGGCCAAUCGAUUUUCGAUUACUGCGAAGGUUUAUACUAUACGUCAGAGACACCGCAAAAAACGCUUUGUCAGAUCCUCAAGUUGGAAGCAAAUGACAACACCCCAAGUGGAGACUCCUACAUUAAUUGCAACUUCCGACUACUAAACUAUGUCAACGAUGAAGGAUUAAUCGAUGGGGAUAAAAUCAUUCAAGAUUUUCAUGCAGCCCAAAUAACGGACAAGGACUCGGAAGUCAAUCAAAUUAUUCAGGACUGCGAACAAGAGCUGCCUUCCAAAAAAGCGAUUGAUUACUACACAUGCUUUCUGAUAAAUAACAAUGUUAAAUCAAGUUUUUCUAAAGUUUUUAAAGCCAGAGGAGUUCGCCCACAAAAUUCUGAUUCUAAUUAUGACAGCGAGACUGCCGUGCUUCAAUAUGAUUUGAAAGCAAAUGACUGUUCUUCGGAUGUUUAGUAAAGUGUUUUAAACCUACUUAAAUUUAAAAGAAUAUUUUAUAUUAUCGCACUUGCAUGCACUGCAGCUCAAUGCUUAUCAUUUCUUGGCCAAGGUCUGCACAAAUAUCCCAUUAUAAAUGAAAAUGGCUUGAAUAAACGAUUUUAAGUUAAUGCAGCA